GAUUCUUUAUUUAGUAUGUCGGUAGCAGUUAUACGAAAUGUCAAGAAAAUUGUAUUACUUUGAGCUAAAUGGCCUUGCAGAAUCCAUUAGGUACAUGUUGCAUUAUAGUGGGCUUACAUUUGAAGACAUAAGAUAUGACGCAAAAAGUUGGCCCAUUAAGGAAGUUAAAGAUUCUCUUCCAUACGGAGUUCUCCCUGUAUACGAAGAAGGCGGCCGCAGACUGAACCAGUCCAUAGCAAUCGCCCGCUACAUCGCCAGCCAGACCAACCUGCUGCCCUCCGACCCCUGGGAACAAGCCGUGUUGGACGCAGCCGUCUUAAAUAUUAACGAUUUCCGCUUAAAAGUGCGAGCUUUUAUAAUGGAAACAGAUAAAGUCAAGAAAGAGCAGAUGAAAGCAGAACUCUUAACAGAAACAGUUGACUUCUACUUGUCAAGAAUCGAAAAUGAAUUGAAGGCUAACAAUGGAUUUUUUGGUGGAAAAUUGACGUGGGCUGACUUCUAUUUCAUUGGAAUCAUUGAGACCACAAAUGUUUUCAUCGGUAUCGAGAUUGAGAAGACAUAUCCUACCAUUGUCUCUCUAUUUAACAUAAUCCGAUCAUUACCCGGAGUCAAAGAAUACAUUGCUGCUAGGAAACCAUAUGUUGAUAAUACUAUUCAAUAAAUAUUUAUAUUUUAAAGUAAAAA